AUGAGCCGAGCAGGGCAAACAAGAAAACUCAGCCAUCGGGACUUCCUAGCAAACAAGGCUGUUUGGCACGAGGUCAUUCCGAUGGACAACAUUGCUGGCCUGCAGGAUUUAAUUCACGUGACAUUUAGGAUCCAGUACUUGAAAGAUGUUGUUCUUCCCUGCGCUCUGGACGACCAAACCUUUUCCACUAUAAACUCGAUCAUUUUCUUCAAUAAUAUCGAAAUUGUGGGUCUUUUACACGCUGACGAGCACUUCUUAUCGUCUGUUAUCUCGCUGGUAAAAGACAGUAACACGAGCACCAAAAAGCUCGCGGAAGUUUCUGCAUUCCUUGUUGAGCUGUGCGGCCUCGCUAAAAACCUCCAAGUUGAGACCCGCCGUCAGUUUUACCGAAGUCUUAUUGAUAAGAACCUAUUUACUGUAUUCCCCGUUUGCCUGCAAGCACCCGACGUACGGGUCCGGUUGCACUGCCUUGAGCUCGGCGGCCUACUGCUCAGCCAGUACCCGGAGGGCAUGGUCAAUCACGUGGUGUUUGAAGGCUCUUUACAGGCCAACUUUCUAUUGCUCUUUGUGAAGUGUCUCGUGGAAGAUCCCGAAGCUGGUGUGAAAACGCACGCUGCGGAGCUUUUGCUGCAGCUACUGGAACCUGAAAACCUCGACAGCAAUGAGCUUGAGAUUCUUCACAACGAGUUUUACGGCGAGCCAUUCGAUCUGCUUAUUAGCCCUUUUGAAAAGCUGAAUCGGGAGGACCCCACUGAGCUUCCAAAGGACAUAGAUACCUGGACGCUGUAUAACGUUAUAGAGCUGCUCUCGGUGUGCGUCCCCGCGCAUGUUUUUGCUGUUCAACGGCUCCUGCUGCACACUUCUCUCAUUCCAAACAUUGCAUCGCUGCUAUACACCAGCCACACACACGUCGCCUUAGCCAGCUUGCGCUUCUUGCGCUCACUUACAAAAUUAAACGACGAAGCUUGCAACCGGUUUCUCUUCGAACAUUCUAUAUUCGAGCCGAUAGUUGAUGUUUUUCAGCGCAACAGAGACAAGUAUAACAUGCUCAAUUCUGCGGUUAUAGACUUGUUUUCAAUGAUCGUUGAGGUUAACUUAAAGUCAUGUGUCGAACAUGUGGUCACCCGGUACGGAAAUGUUUUUGAGGGUAUCACCUAUGCACCCACCUUUCAGAAACUGAUUCGCCGCCAUCAGCAGAACUGUCAAGUUUAUCUCUCGGGUGAAAGCCCCGAAGCCUCUGACAAGUUUUCUGAGCCGCCUGCGAGAUCCCUUGAACUCGGCACUGAUGUUGAAGAAGAAAAGUGGUUUGAGUUGGAAGAUGACGAGGUAGAACGUCCGGACCCAGCUACUCAGGAUAACCCUGAGCAGGAUUCUCUUGAGACUUUUUCCGACGUCCCGGUUGUCCGGGGUAAAGCCGCGGACGAACUGAUCGAUGAACUUUUUAGAAAGAGAUCUCUUUCGGAUUUGGAGGACGAGGAAGAUGCUUUGGAACUUUUAGCUGCCAAAAGAUUUUCUCCAGUUAAAACUGUAAACAAUGUUGAGAGCGCUAAGAUUAAUAAUAAGACUAUUGUCGACUGCAUUGUUAGUGAAACACAGUUAUAAUUUUUCAAUAAUAGCGUUGAAAGCAACGUUAUUAGUGUGAAGAAAACAUGCUGAUGUUUUAUGAAGCCGAGUUUUAUUCCAUUUUAUGAAAAUUUUAAAGGGAGUCUGGGACAUUUUAAGAAAUCAUAGGCUUGUUUGUAAAAUAUUAAGAAUCCUUAAAAAAAGUUAGAGAAGCGCAGGGAAAGCUUUUUA